UUCUGCUUUAUGUUGGAUUUUGUUGUGAUAAAAUUAGCAGACUUUUGGUAAUCCAUGCUUUGUUACUAGUUGUAGAUUUAUGUUUUGUUGUUCUACCUAAGAGUAAGCCAUUAGAAGUACUUAUUACUUAUUAUUAUUUACAUACAACUAUCUAAGAACAAUUGUUACCCUUAUGUGUUAACACAAUUUACCCAGCUUUCUUUUGCCACCAAUCCUCCACUUCAUCCGGUCUCCAGACUCCAUCAGUCCUCCUCACCAUGUCCAACCAGCCUACACAAAACCACCAUGAAGAAGCCUACAUUUCCCUGAUGAGAGGGUUGAGAGAGUUGGACCUUCGGGGCUCCUGUGUUCCCAGUGAGCUUUAUCUGAUUGGAGACCAUACCUUUCCUUUAGCAAUGAACAGCAGGGGCCAGGUCCUGAUGGCUGCCUCUCUGUACGGCUGUGGAAGGAUUGUUGUCCUGGGUCAUGAGGGCUACCUGACUGCCUUUCCUGCUCUGGUAGAGAACGCUCUGACCUGGCUGAGAGGGGAUGGGUCUGAAAACUUGUCUGUGGGGGUCUAUAAAAAUAUAAAGGCAGUGGCUGAUAACCUCAGCAGAUCUAUCUUCCAAGCCAAAGUUGUGGGUGCCUUUAGUAAUGAUCUGGAGGUCGGUGUGUAUGUGACUGAUGCCUACAGCGUGGGUGCAGACCCAAAGGACCUGGUGGCAUUUCUGAAAGCUGGAGGAGGAGUGCUGAUAGCGGGGCAGGCAUGGCACUGGGCUGUAAACCACCCUAAGGAGAACACACUGCUUCAGUUUGAAGGGAACAAGGUUUCUGGUGUGGCAGGGAUCUACUUUUCUGAGCAUCUGGGUGAGGCAGAGUGCCUGCCUGUUUACCCACAGAUCCCAUCCUCCUGGAUGGCUGUAGUAUUCAGAAUCAGUAAGGAUUUUGAGGAUGACCUGGACUUCCUACUCAAUGGAGUCACAGAAUUUGACCUCCAGAAUGGGGUAGCAGCUUCUGAGGUUCUUGUCCAUGGCCCACUAGCCUUCCCCAUUGGUACCACAGAGGAUGGACAAGUAUUUUUGGCAGGAGCCUACUAUGGGCAGGGACGGGUUGUUGUGGUCUCUCAUGAAGGACUUCUGAGAAGAGAGACACUGGCUCCACUUUGGAACAAUGCCAUUCGUUGGCUGGAUGAAGGCGGACAGGGCAUUGUUGGCGUAGCACCAGACCUCGACCAAGCCUUUAAACUCUUCAGCAAGUCAGAGUUUAAUUGUGAGAAGACAAACUUCAGAGAGGACCUCAGUGUAUUUGUCUGUACAGCAUACAGCGAUGAACAUGUGGAGGAAAUCCAGGACUUUGUGGCAGAGGGAGGAGGCCUGCUGAUUGGUGGACAUGCCUGGUACUGGGCACAGACACACAAAGGGCAAAACUCAAUGACAGAUUUCUCAGGAAACAAGAUCCUUAACAAGAUGGGCUUGAGCCUGCUGGACAAGAUAAUUAGAGAAGGUUUAUACAAGGCCCCUAUGCCCAGCCAGGCCAUCAAAGACACCUACCACUUCCGCCGCCUUCUACACCGCUUUGCUGGUCAUGUAACCCAGGGGGAACAACUUACAGAGCAUGAGGAGGAAUGCCUUAAAAAACUGGGUGGUGACUGUGCCAACUACUUGCACAUGAAGGCCCAUGACUGCUCCUCCUACAUGCGGGUGUUGUCAACUCUCACCGACAUCUUGAAGAAAGCGGGCAUGCCACAGGUGAGUGACACAUGCCCGGUGAAGAGUCCCAAAGACCACCUACUCCUAAGUGUGGGGGCAGAGGUAUAUAAGGUUUGCCCAGAUCCCGAUGUUCUCCUGCCCUACCUCAUCAAGCAUAACCCCAUGAUGCCAGUUGUCUACAACCAGAGAAUCAAGAUUAAUGUGAACACUGCAGGAGAAGAGGAGUGGAUCAGUACAGGUGUCUACCUCACUCCUGGUAUGAAGACCUACAUGGUCAUACCAGCAGAGCUUGUCAACAAUGGAUGGAAGAUCCAGAUAGGCUGUCAGACUGACAAACUGAAUGCUGAAGAGUUGAAGAGAGCACCAUGUGUUUAUGAGCGAUUCCCUGUUACCUCAGAGAUGGUGCAGGUGUGGAACCUGUGGGGGGGACUCAUCUACCUGGUAGCCCCACCCGAAACACAAGUGGAGGGUGCAGAGGUCAUAGUGCAGAUGGCUGUACCUGCACCAUAUUAUAAAACAGGUGUGACAACAGCCGCUGAGUGGUCAUUGCUGCGCACAGCUCCUUCACCCUGGGCAGAGUUGGAGUUUGACAACGUCAUCUUCACUGUACCAUCAGAUGUUGUUCGUGACCUGGAGCGCCCCGAUGAGUUGGCGACGCUCUGGAAGGACAUCAUGAGGGGCAUCACUGACCUGGCUGUCAUACCACACAGAUUUCCCCGCAAAGAGCGCUUUGUAGCAGAUGUGCAGAUUUCCCAUGGUUGGAUGCAUGCAGGUUAUCCCAUCAUGACACAUAAGGCCACAGCAGCUGAGCUGGUCAACAUUGACCUUGCUAGGAGUAAAGGCCUCUGGGGCCCCAUCCAUGAACUGGGACACAACCAACAGAGAAGCUGCUGGGAGUUCCCAUCACACACCACAGAAUGUACAUGCAACCUGUGGUCAGUGUAUGUGCAUGAAGAAGUGCUGGGGAUCAACAGGGAAAAGGCUCAUCCAGCUAUGGCUUUGGCAAAGAGAAACAGUCGAGCAGAGGAGUUUGCUAAGGGGGGCAAGAAACUCAGCAGCUGGAACACAUGGGUGGCCCUGGAGACAUAUAUGCAGCUCCAGGAUAGGUUUGGCUGGGAUGCCUUUAAGAAUGUAUUUGCUGCUUACCAUGAGAUGUGCAACUUUCCAAACGGCAACAAAGGAAAGAUGAACCUGUAUGCUGAGACUUUCUCCUACACUGUGGAGAUGAACCUGGCUGGAUUCUUUAAGUCCUGGGGUUGGCCCAUCGAAAUAGCCACAGAAGAGAAACUCUCCAACCUGCCCCCCUGGAGUGACCACCCUAUGGUCCAAUAUGACUGAGCCUGAGACUGCCACUGAUUAAAAAGUGUCAAAGGAUGGGUUCAACGAGUACCAAAUUCUUGACAAUAACCAUUCAGACGGAAACCCAAUUACAUUAUUUCUUUGGUAUUGUUUUUGUAUUUUUAACCAAUAUAAUUAUCUACAUUAAGAAUGUGGUAGUUGUUAAAUACUUAACAAAAUCGCAAAAACCAGGAGGUCAGUAAAUCGAAAUAAUUCCUACUGGAGGCUAGACUUAUAUUUUUAAGAUGAGUUAGAAAAACAGAGGACCUUUUUUUUUUUUAACAAUGCAGCAUUAAUACCACUACUGCUGUAGCUUCAAUCUACUUUCAGAGGCACUUUCAGUUCCUUAGUCCUUAGCACUGGCACCAUAACCUGUGCUAUUUAAUUUUCAUAUGUAGCAGUAAUCAUCAUUUAUAAGAAAAACCGGGUUGUUUCAGGGUCAUAAUAACACCAAUGUUCCCAAGUCUAGAUGUUACUUGUGUGAAUAUGUAAUCUGAAUCUUUCUCUGGUACCUUUGUUCUACUGGUUAGUAUUAAGUGUUAGUAAUUUCACCACAAUGACAUUUUCCUUUAUUGUUAAUGCAUAAGAAACUAAUAAACACUUACUUGACCAGGUCCGUGUAUGUUUUGGUCAUUGGAUUUUCCUUUCAGAAACGGGUAUUAAAAAACUGAAAACGAGUGGUUAUUUGAUUUUCGUUUUAAAAUACAAAAAUUAAAAUUGAAAUACAAGGCGUUUUUCUUUUUCAUGGUCAAAAAGGGAUGAGCGAAAUUAAAAAAAAUAUUCGAUUUUCACCAGUGUGGAGAAAUGCCAAAAUAAAAGCCUCAUAUUUAUGCCUCCAGAGACUGCAUAUUUGACCAAAUAUAAGAAAAUAUGGAAUCUGGAAGUAUAAAUAUGGGACUUUUAUUCUUCAAUUUCUCCACAUUGGUACAGUAAAAAUGCUUGAUAUUAAGUAUACUUGUAGUCUUAGAUGUGUAGAAGUCAAAUAUACCAUCAGUAGCCAGGAAUUAUUGAGUGUUUUUACAGUAGCUCAAAUAUAUGAAAAUACCACUUGGAGAUACAAAUAUGGACUUUUAUUUUGGUAUUUCUCCACACUGGUGCAGUAAAGAUACUUGAUAUAAAGUGUUUUUUUAUUCAUCAGGGGCACACAACACUUUAAUGUAACAUAUUUUAAUUAUAGCUUACGGCUCUAAAUACCUUUAUUUUGAAAACCGGAAGUAAAUACGGCGUUUCUCCGCAUUUACCAUAAUGCUGAGAAUACUUGUACACUCUAAAUUUAAGUGCGGCUGAUUUGACCACGGAGAUCGAACUCACGGCUGGAUUGACAGCAGUCUACUAGUCUACUGUUUCUUCUACACAGCACCGUCCUGUAAAUGACAACAUCCGGUCUCAGAAUAUGAAAAAACAGGCUUUUUCUCCGUUUCUGUUUUCUAGUGAUUUUAUUUUUUGUUAUAUGAAAUAGAAAAUGAAAAUCGAAUCAUUUUUUACAUUUCUCUCAUCCCUUUUUGACCAUGAAAAAGAAAAACGCCUUGUAUUUCAAUUUUCAUUUUUGUAUUUUAAAACGAAAAUCAAAUAACCACUCGUUUUCUAUUUUUUAAUACCCGUUUCUGAAAGGAAAAUCCAAUGACCAAAACAUACACGGACCAGGAAGGGAUACAUUAAUGAAAAGUGCAUGGCAAAAUACACCCUAUGCACAUAAGGCUCAAAAUAUAUGGAUAAUACAACAAGUAAUAUGAAUAAUAGUUUUUUAAGGUUAUACCACUUAAAUGUAGGUUUCUUUUAUUGUUCCCUCUGCUAAUCUUUAUCCUUGCAGUUGUCGUAAAACAGCUCGCCCUACUGGUGGGGUGGAGAACUGCUGGAAGAAUCCUCCUAAUUCAAAGAGAGAAGCUUUUCCACCCAGAUGGUGAAGUUGUUGGUGUAAGAGGACUUUAUAAAGCAUUACAUUAAAACUAGCUGAGAAGUUACUGCACUAAAAUAAACCACACUAAAAUAAACCACACUGAAACUCUGAAA